AUGCUGCGCUCCUCAUUUGCACCGAGUCGACAGCUUCUGUCGUCUCCUGUCCGCCAACGGGUCCCGUCGCAAUGGCUUUCCAAAGCAGGCGCGAGCAGCCGACUCUCGGGUCAGCGAUUCUUUGCCGACUCCAAGCCACCUACAUCUAGCCCAACACCUGCUACCCCGUCAUCCGAAUCCACCAUCCCCCACGAGAGCAUCCCGAAGCCCUCGGAACAAGGUACCGCCAACCUCUACUUUAUCCGCUCGCCUGCUCCUCGCAAGCGUGGUAGCUUCCGUCGAUUCCUCCUCUACCUGAUCCUGACCUCCGGUUUCGCCUAUGGUGGUAGCAUCUUUCUCGCCUUGAAGUCUGACAACUUCCACGACUUCUUCACGGAGUACGUUCCGUACGGCGAGGAGUGUGUUCUAUACUUCGAGGAACGUGACUUCUACCGCCGCUUCCCCAAUGCCUCCAGAAAUUCCAACCGUAUUGUUGCUGCUCCCCGGGAGGAGGGCAAGCCCGUCACAAUCCCCAGCAAGAGCGGUCUGUCAUGGAAGGUUACUGGCGAGGAAGAGUCUGGAAGCGAUGUCUCUAAGAGUGGACCUCAUAUGAGUGCCAAGGCUCACGAGGGCAGCACCAAGACCGAGGCGGCUAACCCAGAGCAGCGAACUGCUGCUAUUACCAAGGCCAAGGAGCAAAAGGCAGCCAAGGCUGAGGCCAAGUCUGCCCCCAAGGAAGAAAAGAAGGAGGAAAAGCCUGUAUCCCUUGAUGAGCCUAGAAAACCUGCUGUUACCACAAUUAACAACAUUGAGUUCCUGAAGAGUCAGGAGGGCGAUGAAAGCGUGGUUCAGGAGCUGGUCAAGACUUUCAACGACAUUGUCACCGUUAUUAGCGCUGAUGAGAACGCCGGAAAGUACUCUGCGCCAGUUGCUAAAGCUAAGGAGGAGCUUCAGAAGAUUGGCGAGAAGAUCUCUGCCAUUCGCUCCGAGGCUAGCCAGGCCGCCCAGGACGAGCUCAACAAGGCCCACGCUACUUUUGACGAGUCGGCCAAGGAGCUGGUUCGUCGCUUCGAGGAGGUUCGUUCUUCUGACAUCGCUUCGUUCCGUGAGGAAUUUGAAAGCGAACGGGAGAAGCUUGCUCUUGCAUACCAGGACAAGAUCAAGGUCGAGCUUCAGCGUGCUCAGGAUCUUGCUGAGCAGCGCCUGAAGAACGAGCUCGUGGAACAGGCCAUUGAAUUGAACCGUAAAUACGUUCACGAUGUCAAGGACUUGGUUGAGCGCGAGCGCGAGGGUCGCCUGAGCAAGCUGAACGAACUCACUGCUAACAUCACUGAGCUUGAGAAGCUGACUACUGGCUGGAGCAAUGUCAUUGACACUAACCUGAAGACUCAGCAGCUUCAGGUCGCCGUGGAUGCUGUUCGAUCUGUCGUCGAGCGAACUGAAACUCCCCGCCCCUUUGUCCGUGAAUUGGUUGCCGUCAAGGAGCUGGCUGCUGACGAUCCAGUUGUCGAUGCUGCCAUCGCAUCCAUCAACCCUACCGCUUACCAGCGUGGUAUUCCUUCCACGGCAAUGAUUGUCGAGCGCUUCCGUCGUGUCGCUAGCGAAGUCCGCAAGGCUAGCUUGCUUCCCGAAGAUGCCGGUAUUGCUAGCCACGCCGCUAGUAUGGUUCUGAGCAAGGUCAUGUUCAAGAAGGACGCUCUUGCUGACGGUGACGAUGUCGAGAGCAUUCUUGUUCGCACCGAAAGCCUACUUGAGGAGGGCCACGUGGAUGCCGCGGCCCGUGAAAUGAACGGUCUUCAAGGCUGGGCAAAGAUUCUGAGCAAGGACUGGCUCGCUGAUGUUCGCCGGGUACUUGAGGUUAAGCAAGCUCUCGAGGUCAUCGAGACUGAGGCUCGUCUCCAGUGCUUGCGGGUGGAGUAA